AUGUGGGUCUUUCCUUGCGAAGGAAGCGGGGCCAUUGCAUCUUCUUGGUCUUGGGAGUGGAUCAUCGCAUUUAUCUUUUUUGGAUUGGUGCAGCUUGUGGUGAAUUCAUCCUCGCGAAGGGACGAAAUGAUUGCGAGUCUUCUUUAUUUCUUGGAAGUAGAAGGUCUGCAUUGGUUGGUUAACGUGGAGAAAGUGAGUUUUCUCAAACGGGAUCCGGAACUAGCUUUGAAAUACGGGUUGAUUGCUUGUAACCUUGGAGUUCCGCAGGCAUGCGCCAACGUUAGCAGGAUGUAUAGUAUUGGUGACGGGGUCGAAAAAAAUGAAGAAAAAGCCGCCGAAUACAAAGAUAAGGCCUUAAAAUUGGCAGGAAUGAAACAGAAAAAAGAAGGCUUUUUACGCUUCUAG